AUUCAUCCCCGCUAAAGCAACAGAAGAAGAAGAAAAAGACGACUUGACGAUUGUCGUCAGUUUGCGGAAGCCAUCGACAACCUGAACAAUAAUCCUGUGCAAUAUUGACCCUGCGCUCGACGAAAAAGCAAGAUAAGCUAUUGAUUUACAAACAUGUGGGAUGGACCAGGGCAAGGACCACGGGGAGGACCACCCUUCCGUGGUGAUCAUCGUGGAGAGAGGUUUGGCGGCAGAGAUCGUCCCAUGCCUGAUUAUAGAGGUAGAGAUGGGAUGAACAUGGGUCCCAUGGGUCAUAUGGGCCCGAGACCUCAACAUAUGCCUCCCAUGUCCCCUAUGGACAUGAGGAGGAUGGAGGGACCCCCCAUGAGGGGUCGUGAUAUGGACCAACGUGAUAUGAGAGACAGAGAGCCAAACCGAGAUUUCUGCCGAGCCGGAGAGGAGUCUGACUUCAGUCUGAGAAGACAUUAUGAAAUUUCUAUCAGAGACAAACUGAUGAAUUCUUCUGGUUUCCAAGGACCAGGCAGGAACUUGCUAGACAUGGGAGGGAGGGGUAUGCCGCCACGGGAGCCCAACAACAGAUUUAUGGACAUGAGGGACAGGGAGCCAUUUCAAUACGAGGGGCCGCCGUUCAACAAUCCCAAUACUGAUGGAAGAAGAGGGUUUCCCAUGGAGCGAAGUGACGGCUUUAGGGACAUGCGCGACCGGCCCCAACCAGGCACCGAUGACUCUGAGGGCUAUAACAUGGACUUACAGCCACGUGAACGCAGAGCGAUGGACACCGACCGAAGAGGAGGGCCGCCUUUCAACCCAAGAGGUGGCUUCGAUUCUGACAUGGAUUUCAGAAAUCGUCCGCCGGCUGAAUUUAGAGACCGGGAUCGAUCUCCCAUACGUUUCGGAAACUGUGACGCUCCCCCAGUGGACAGGGCAAGAUCAAACAUGCCCGCGGUUGCUGGCCCUCAAAGACCAGAGUUUAUGGGUGCACAAAACCUCAUCAGGGAGAGAGAAUACGUAGACGCCAGCGGGAGCCCCCUAAUGGAUUAUCGAAGCGGCGAAGAGAUGACGCUUGCGGAGGAGUGGAAGAACCGUCGAAAGGACAAGACUCCUCUCUUAGAAGUUGGUAAAGGUAUGGCCGAUGUAACGAAACCCGGCUUCCCUGCGGGUUUUGGCCGAGAUGUGAACGUGAGAGAUCCACCGUCCUUUCAGCAGAGGGACAGGCCACCUGUCAAGUUCCCGGGGAAAGAGGUCGCCUUUCCUCACGGGGACCACUUUCCUGCCAUGGGUCUUCCCUCAAUCGCCAGCAAAGCUCCGCAAGACCACGCACGCCCGGAUAUGGGUCUCCUCGCCAGCCCCCUCGGGAGAGAAAACGAGAGCGAGCCGUGGCUCGGAGACCGGAACCCAAAGCACAGGCCGAACAAAUCCAAUUGUGACGAACGGCUCCUUUUCCAUCAAGAGAAGAAUCUGCAUCCGCUUGUGAUGCAGAAGCCAAACGAUUGUUUUGAAGGGCUGAAAGAUCUCCCGCAUCAGGGGCCUGCGAGGGGAACCAUGGGGACGGAGGGUGAUUUCCAAAGCAGCGGCCCUGUACAGACGAGAGACCAAGACUACAGGGACAUCGAUUACAGAACGGGGUCCGGGAGGGCUUUUGAUUACAAGCACCAGGCACUUCCAGCACCGGAGAAACUCCUCAAAGAGACCAAACCAGUCACCCCUUCGAAGUUCAGUGAGUCCGGUUCGCAGGAUCAGGAUUACAGAAACGCGUCAGUGGAGGACAAGGUUUCCAAUACGAUAUCCAUAAUUGGUAUUCCAAAGACUGCCACAAUGGAGCAGAUCCUCGGCGCCUUCGCGGUCCGGGACGGCGUGCCGAUGCAGGGGAUGAAAAUCAAAAAUGUUAUGCCAGGUUACAGCUACGAUACGGCCUAUGUGGAGUUUUUAAACCUCGAGGAUGCAGUCCACUUCAUGGAGUCCAACAAGGGGUCCCUGAAGGUUGGCAGUAGAACGGCCUCCAUGAAGUACAUACAGCCGGAAGAGCGUGAAAGGAGUGUUAACGAACCAAAUCCCAAAGUACCUCAACUCCAGGAGCCCCCGUUGCCCAGACCAGAUGAGCCUUUAGAAAAGUUGACGACCAACCUAGAUGGGUCCAAGCUCAAGGACCCUCCGGAGCCAUUGCCCCCCGGCCAGUGGCAGCGUAGCUCCGACCUGACCCCCGAGGCCUGGCAGCAGCAGGUGGACCAGCAGCUCCAACUGCAGGAAACGGAUCAGCAGCCGGAGUCUUGGGCCAACCGCAACCUCCCUCAUCACGCUUCACACCAACCCGACUCCGUCUUCAAAGACAGCAAAACCAUGAUAAUAAAAAACGUCAAGCCCACCACCACGGUAGAGACCAUCCUGAAAGCCUUGGAUCCCUUCGCGUAUCUGGAUGAACGAAACGUCCGCCUGGUCAAGGCCAAGCCGCCGGGAGCCAAGUGUUUCUGCUUUGUGGACAUGGACUCCCACGAGCAAGUGACACGCCUGGUUGAGCUCCUCACUAAACCCAGACCCCUCUAUGUCGAUGGAGUCCGAGUUUACGCAGAGGUGGCAAAACCUUUGAAGAACCAAAAUUUCAGAAGAGACUCUGAUAAAUCAAACAGCUCCAUCCUCGGGUUCCCCCCGGACGCGAGCAUGUUGGGGCAUCCGUACCAACCGCCCCCACAGCACCUGCAGCUUCUGCAGCCACCUGCUUGUGCCCCCACUGGACUGCCAGCUGAUUUCACAUCUGGCGGCAGUAAUCCUCCCCUGUCGUCAGACUUCGCCAUUGGACAGGGAGUCGGCUACGGGGAUCCUGCCGCUGUGGAUCCGUCUUACCUGGCUGGUGGACCGCAGGUGGCCGCAGAAUCAGCUGGGUUGACGGUCACCGCAGACGGAUCGCAGCCCUACGUCUAUGGCUCCGAGAUUCCAGACAUGACCAACUACCUGUACGAUUCCACGUCGGGCUUCUACUACGAUCCUGAGACGACGCUCUACUACGACCCGACGUCUAGAUACUUCUACAAUGCUCAAACCCAAGAAUACAUGUACUGGGAUGCCGCAUCAAAGACCUACAUCCCAGUUCCAGGAGGCAAUCCUACGGCGAGCCAACCGAUGAUCAUGACCGCUGAAGAUCAGGCCAUUCUAUCCAACCCGGCCGCAGAUGCUCCUCUGGAAAUGAAGAAAGCACUGGACCCUCCAGACGCCGCAGAAGAUCCAGAAGCACUUCCCCUCUCUGAUGCCGGCUCUGCGGCGGAUUCUCUGGCGGCUUCCUCAUCAGCAGCUCCUGAGAGGAAAGACGACGACGACUCCAAAAAGGACAAGGACAGCGAGAAGCCCAGAAGUCUCGCUGCUGUCAAGAUCAUGAAAGAUAUGGAGCGCUGGGCAAAGAUCCAGAACCGCCAGAAGGAAGGCGUUCGUUCCUCGUCCCCGUUGCUGAUGCGCGGCAUGGACGACGACAGGAGGCAGUCCAAGACGGCGGACGCCGGUUUCGCCGUCUUUGAGAGGAAGAUAUCCGGUGCAGAUGAUCUUUUUAAGAAGCCGCUUGCGCCUCUUAAGAAAGAUGAAAAGUCAAAGCGUCCAAUGGGCUCACUGGGUCUGCUGGCAUCUGACUACGCAGCUGGAAGUGACGAAGAGGUGGAAGAAGACAAGGAGGACGCCUCUAAAAGCAUUCAGGGUGGCCAGUCCGAAGACUCGGAUACCAAACUGACCGACUGGAAGAAGAUGGCCUGCCUGCUAUGCAGGAGACAGUUCCCCAACAAGGACGCUCUCAUCCGCCACCAGCAGCUGUCCGACCUGCACAAACAAAAUAUGGAGAUCCACCUGAAGAUCAAGAGGUCGAAGAAGGAGCUGGAGGCACUGGAGAACCAGGAAAAAGAAUUGAUUUCCAGAGAACCUACCAGGUCACCAGAACCGAAAAGAAGGAAACAACAACAGCCGCAGCAUCAUAACAGCUGGGCUGGAAGCUCCAGGGAGAUGAAUAAAGUCAGUGAUCGACCUGGUUUAGGAGCAGAACCCGUCCCGCAGAAGAAAAAGAAAGAGCCUGUCGUCUGGGACCACACCACCUACAAACAAGCAGUACGCAAGGCCAUGUUUGCACGCUUCAAGGAACUCGAGUGACCUCCUCACAACACAUCCUCACUUUGAUAAUAUGUGAAUUGUUGAUAUGAAAUGCUUGACCACCGUGGCAUGAGAAAUCCGUUUGACUGUCUUUGUAUUGUGACACUAUCCAACCAGUUUUCUACACUGAAAUCAUGUGAACCAAUAACAGUGUUGUAAAAAUGGCAUUACAAUGCUGCAGUGGGGCUAAAGGUAAAGAAGUCAAAAUGAUGAUGAUGAAGGUGUUUAUUCGCGGUGUGUAUUUUUGCCCCCGUUUUAUGUGUGUUUAGAAGUGAAGUGACCAGGUAGUCUUUGUUUCCUUUCUUUUUUAAUGAUAUUCUUACACUGGCCACAUUUACAUUUUGUUUUAACAUAGUGUUUUUUUUUGUUUGUUUUUUACAUUUUCAUGGGUAACAUUGACAUGUUGUAUGUACACAUUUUAAGUAAAAAAAUAUUCUGGACUAUC